CCUGCGGCGCCUCUAACAAAGACCCGGCCGGUGUCGUCCGCCCUGCCUGCCGCUGCUCCUCGGGUUCGCCCUCUGGGCUGGCGGGGGAAGGAGCAGGAGGAGGGAGGGAGGGCGGCUCUCUUUCUCGCCUCCUUCCCCCGGGGACCCCCUGGGGCCAGGGAGACCCCCGCCCGCUUCCCGCCCCAGGCCUGGCUGAGGGAGGCCAUGGCAGCCCCGCUUUUCCACCCUGCCGCUGCUGGGAAGGGGCUGCCCAGCCGGUAGGAACCCCCAUCUCCAGGGGCACCUCAUCAUUUCCCUAUUCUUUGUUUUCUUUUUCCCCAUUGGAAGCAAUCCUUCCCCUGCACAGGAUCCUCUCCUCCUUCCCUUCUUUAUCCGCCUUCUCAAGACAUACAUUUCAAUUAAUACCUUUUGGGACCCCCACUUUGGAUUUUCCUGCAUCCUGCAGCUUUUCAACCAGAGGACUUAGGCUGAGAUUGAGAAACUUUCCCCCCCUCCUACAGAUCCAUAAAGAUAGCAACUAUCUUUUUCAUAGUUUUGUGGAUUCUGGACCUAGAGAGAGACUUGGGUUUUUCUGCAUCCUGCAGCUUUUCAACCAGAGGACUAGGCUGAGAUUGAGAAACUUUCCCCUCUUCCACAAGACCCAUACAUAGCAACCACCUUUUCAUAGUUUUGUGGAUUCUGGACAUAGAGACUUGGGUUUUUCUGGAGACUGUAGCUUUUUAACCCGAGGACUUAGGCUGAGAUUGAGAAACUUUCCCCCCUUCCACAGACCCAUAAACAUAGCAACCAUCUUUUUCAUAGUUCUGUGGAUUCAGGACAGAGGAAAGAGAGACUUGGGUUUUGCUGGAGACUGCAGCUUUUCAACCAGAGGACUUAGGCUGAAAUUGGGAAACUUUUCCCCCUUCCACAGACCUAUAAACAUAGCAACCAUCUCUUUCAUAGUUAUUUUUAAAAUUCUGGAUAGAAGAAAGAGAGACUUGGGUUUCCCUGGAGCCUGCAGCUUUUCAACCCAAGGACUAGGCUGAGACUGAGGAACUUUUCUCCCCUUCCACAGACCCAUAAACAUCACAACCAUCUUUUUCAUAGUUUUGUGGAUUCCGUUCUUUGCUCCCGCUUACAGAUCCACAUUUCAAAGAUUCCUGAUUCAUCCCUCUUAUCAAGGCAAUAGGCUCCUUCCCUCUGUAUUUUAAAGUGCACUUCUGAUAUUGACCCCCCACUUUCCUGAUUCUCUAAUUCAUUUAUGCUCCCCAAAUUGUUGGAAAAGAACCUGAGCUGCCCCUAGCAUUUCCAGACAACCUCCAAGCUUCCAAAAGGAAAAUACCAUAAUAAAUGCUCCAUAUCUCUGCUACAACCUUGAGAUAAAUUUUGAGUGCUCGCAUUUCUAAUGUAAUUGUUUAUUUUGCAGAAAUCUAAUUGAAAAGUUGUUACUAUUUUACCUGCCCAAUUGAACAAUCCUAUCCAAUGUGGCUGCUUUUUUCAAUAGUCCAGAUGCCCACAAAUCCAUUUUGAGAAAUGAUCCUUUUCUUUUUGCAACCCGGCAUUCUGAACUUCAUGUCAUCCUCAAUAGAAAACUCUUAAACCUAACUAAAAAAUAUUCCCCAAAUCAGAGGGCAAUGGUUUAGAUCAAAGUAGGGCUUCUGUCAUCUGAAUUCUCCCCAAAUUUGAGUGUAUUGAAAAAAAGACAACUUUCAAACUGAUCCAUAAUCAAAUCAAAUUCACACUUUCUGCAAUUGUUUAGAGAUUUCUUAUUCUCAAAGUACCGCAAAAUCCCACCGUUCUUUUUAAGAUGGUAGAAUUUUAGAGAAACCCUAAAACCGAGUCCAUAUUUAGGUAGAUUCUUGAAACCCCAUAAUUUUUGAGCAUCUAGUUUUGGCGAGGUUUCUUGUACAUGGUCCUUCUUUGCUAGUCACCCUCAAAAGUCUUGCAUCACUUUCAACUUCUUUGUCUUUGGAACGAUACCGUGAAACUCUUAUGACCCACACUUUCAAUUCUGGAAGCGGCAGCUUGUCCGAGCAACUUCUCUCGCCCCAUUGCAUCCAGAGCUGAUAUUUAUUUCCUUGCGUCCAAUGGCUUUUCAGGACCCCAAUCAUCCCUUACAAGCUCAGCUUUGUAGCAAUGUUUUUGGGGCUCUGACCGGGCUCAUCCAACCCCCAUUAGCGGCUGGGCUGGGCGGUGGGCAGAAGUACUAUUGCAAUAAUGGCGUACAGAUAGCCUCUCCGCAACAACAGCAGGCGGCACCCGGCAGCGCAGUGAUGGUUGAACCAGAACCCGACCGGCCCAUCGGUUAUGGUGCUUUUGGCGUGGUAUGGUCAGUGACAGAUCCCCGCGACGGAUCUCGAGUUGCACUCAAAAAGAUGCCCAACGUUUUCCAGAACUUGGUAUCUUGCAAACGGGUCUUCAGAGAGCUGAGAAUGCUCUGUUACUUCAAGCAUGACAACGUCCUCUCAGCGUUGGACAUUCUCCAGCCUCCACAAAUAGACUGUUUUGAGGAAAUUUACGUCAUCACCGAGUUGAUGCAAAGUGACCUUCACAAAGUCAUCGUGUCUCCACAACCUCUCAGCGCUGAUCACAUCAAGGUCUUUCUAUAUCAGAUCCUCAGGGGGCUGAAAUAUUUGCACUCUGCUGGUGUUCUUCACCGGGACAUCAAACCUGGGAACCUACUGGUCAACAGCAACUGUGUCCUCAAGAUUUGUGACUUUGGUUUGGCCCGGGUAGAGGAGCCCGAUGAGUCCCAGCACAUGACUCAAGAGGUGGUAACUCAAUAUUACCGGGCCCCUGAAAUCCUGAUGGGGACCAGACACUAUGGCCGUCCCAUUGAUAUUUGGUCUGUGGGCUGCAUCUUCGCUGAACUCCUUGGCAGGCGUAUCCUCUUCCAGGCUCAGAGCCCUAUUCAGCAGCUGGACCUGAUCACGGACCUCCUGGGGACACCUCCUGCUGCCGCCUUGCAUUCAGCCUGCGAAGGGGCCCGGGCCCACAUCCUGCGUGGGAAUCACAAGCCACCGUCGCUGUCUGUCCUUUACAUGCUCUCAGGAGAAGCCACCCAUGAAGCCGUCCAUUUGCUCUGCCGGAUGCUGGUCUUUGACCCGGCCAAGAGGAUCUCCGCCAAGGACGCGCUCUCUCACCCCUACCUGGACGAGGGGCGGCUGCGUUACCACACCUGUAUGUGCACCUGCUGCUUUUCUGUCUCCUCGGGUCGAGUCUACACCAGUGACUUUGAGCCCCGGGCUGACCCCAAGUUUGAUGGCUCUUACGAGAAGAACCUCACCUCCGUCUGGCAGGUCAAAGAACUGGUGCACAGGUUUAUCUUGGACCAACAACGAGGGAAGCGGGUCCCACUCUGUAUCAACCCCCAGUCGGCUGCCUUCAAAACCUUCAUUCGCUCCACAGCGUGGCACUCUUCCAAAGUCUCCAAAAAGGAAGAGAGAUGAAGGUGACCAUUUUUAAACAGACAGAGAAAAAGGAAAAGAAGGGAGACUGGAAAGAAGAAAAAGAAUGAAGAAGGCAGACGAGCUUCCUGUUGGGAGACAAAAAGAAAGAGAAGGGGGGAAAAGGAGAAAAAAGAGAAGAGCCACUGUUCUUAAUCCUGCACUCUUGAAUAUUUUGACUCAUGGACAGACUUUUGGGGUGGGGUUGGGGAAUGAUGAUGUCUUUUUUAAUUAUUAUGAUUAAUAUUAUUUGUGGUGGGAUGGUUAGGAAGAGAUUCUUUUGGCAUUGAUUGGUGUCUUUUUCUCCCUCCACCGUUACUGUUCUGCACUGGAAAACCCCGUAGGUUGUAGGUCUCUUCCUCGUAGGACCUCCCUGCCUGCCCAAAUCUGCACUGGACCUGACACACUUGUAUUUCCCCCCUUCUUCCCGAGUUAGCCUUUCCUUGUGAUCCUGUGUGUGGGCUGCAUCUUGCCACAUCCAAAGGGGUAGUGAUGUGGGAGUGGAUAUAUUUAUGACACUUCUUUCGACCUCUCCUCCUUCCCCUUGCUCUUGAAUCUGCAGUUGAAUCAGUCUGGCUGUGUUUGCCUGUUCCUUUCCACAAAACAACACCCUCCAAACAUGUGGUAUUUUAUUUUAAUUUUCUUACAUUGGGGCAUAUGCUAGAACCCCAAAUUCUUUUUUAAAAAUAAGAAAUACCACUAGGUUGUACGUGAGGUCAAUGUUGACACAUUUUGGGACUUUGAAAAAAAGGCCUAAAAUGGUCGGAAACAUGAUUAAAUUGCCCUCUGAACCCACAAAUGAGUAUUUUGGGGGGACAAAACAUUCAAACGUCUUAGAUGUGUAUGUGGACAAUAGCCCUCAAAGUUCCCCUGAAUAAACCUUAAUAAUUUGCCAGGUCAUUUUUUGGGAACAUUUGGUGUUCAAGAUGUCUUGACCUACAUUUCCCAUCAGACUCAUCCAGCAUGGGUGGCAAAUAUUGCCUGUUCUUGCCUUAGAUGCCCCAAAAGUAACUUUCUACUCUGAAUCUUUUGCCAUUCCUUGCAAUCAAGGAUGAUUCCAAUGCCAAUAUACCAUGAAUUCACUCUGGGCAAACUUGAACUAUCAAAUGUGCUGGAUUCAUUUCAUUGAUAGGGUUCAAUAAUUUCAAUAGUUUGGUUUUAGUCUAGACUAGAACCUGGAACCAAUAGCCUUCAGAGAGACAUUGAAUUUCACAUAGUGAAGCCCCAGUAACAAAAAAAGCACAUUGGGAAGCAGGAGCUUGAACUAUAUAUAAAGUAGUGAGGCUUGACUUCGUUGCUCUCUAUGUUUAGGAGUUUGGAUCCCAGAAUUUCUGACCAUUUGCCGUACAGGCUGGGACUUCUUGGAGUUGGAGUCCAAAAAUACCUAGAGGACCAACAUUUAAGGACUACAGAUAUAGAAGAAUAUUUAAUGUCUCCCUUGACUACUGUUUGAGUGCUCCCCCAGAACCUCAGCUGGAGUGGGCAAAACAUUGAAAAAGUUACUUUUUUAGACUAUUUGGGGAGUUGUAUACUCUCAAAUAGUAAUUAUCCUCCAAGGUUUUGUUCCUUUUGCCACUUUUGUAUUUCAUUUUGCUAUCAAGACGAAUAUAAAGCCACUUGGAGUUCCCUAUAAAUUUCAGUAAAGCCUUUCUCCUACCAUUAAAAUAAUUUCACUCCCUGCAGCCAGAUUAUUCCCUUUACCCUUUCCCCCCAACAGAUCAUGUUAUUCAAUGUAUUCCUUCACUUUUGUCAUACCCUUUCAAAAAUCUACCUCUAUCUUCCUUGUAGUUUUUUUUUUAAAAAAACACACUCUUUUGGUGCAUUAAUUUGUUGGCAUUUUUGUUUUCCUCGUGUUUGUUUUUCUUUUUAAAAAAUUAGCUGGUGGGUGUUUCAUUCUAAUUGUUUUUGUUUGGUUUGGUCCAUUUCCUUUAUUUAUGGUUACAGCAGUUUUUAUAUACUUGUUCAAGUUCUGAGCACGUGUGUGUCUGUGCGUAAAUAUAUUAUAUAUAUAUAUAUUCUACCCUUGUCCCUGGAAGAGAAAAAAAAUCCAACCUGAAAACUUGAACUGUCUUGGCUGUAAUAACCCCUCUCCCCUAAUUUAAUCAUGCUCCCUGGUAGCUGAAUUAAAUUUAUGCUGUGUAA